AUGUACCUAUCCCGGCUGCAGCCCAUCACUCCCUUCCAACAAAUCCUCGACAAUGUCACAUCCGAUAUCCGCGCGAGCCACUACGGCGCGUUCUACAGCCUGUAUCUCGACCCCUUACGCCGACCGCAACUAACCCGUGGUGAUGAUCGGAUCCCGGUCUGGGAAAACCAGGAGGUGAACUUGCUGACGGUCGGUCGCGCGUACGGCGACUCGCUGCAGCUGUGGAAGCGGGCAUUCCCAAGGGGGGUCAUCUACGGCAUUGCAAAUGAAACCACCUCCGCCAUGAUGCAUCAGGCAGAGGUGCAGGACCCGCGGGUGCGGCUGGUGGUGGGCGGCCAAGCGAAUGGGGCUUUCUUGGAGAAAGUGGUUGCUCAGAUAAGGAAUGAGGUGGGUCUGCUUGACUUCAUAGUGGACGAUGGUGGUCACACCAUGGAUCAGCAACAAACCUCCCUCAAACACCUCCUGCCACUUGUGAAGAACUGUCACGACGCAUCAGAGGGAUUCAUUUCUUUCGAAGCGAUCGUCAAUCAAGGCACGUCCGAUAAGCGCACGCAUCACUACGGCGCAUUCUACAGCCUCUAUCUCGACCCGCUGCGCCUGCCUCUGCAGCCCCAAGCUCCUGGCGAUUGUCAGCAGCCUCAGCUGGGCGAGCACCACACUCGCGGCGAAUCUGAGCGGACCACGGAUCGCCGUCGAUUGGAGCAGAAUGAACGGUCGCGAUCGGAGGAAGCGCAGCAGCAGCAGCCGUGGGAGCCCCGCGCAGUGAACAUGCUGGAGAUCGGGCUCAAAUACGGCGACUCGCUGAAGCUCUGGAAGAGAGCGUUCCCGAGAGGCAGGAUUUACGGAAUUGACAAUGAGAUGAUUUCCAAGAAGCACCAGGCAGAGGCGCGGGACCCGCGGGUGCGGCUGAUGGUGGGCGACCAGGCGAAUGGGACGUUCCUGGAGCAAGUGGUGGCUGAGAUCAAGAGUGCGGUGAGGAGUGGUGGCUGGGAUAAAGAGUGUGGUGAGGAGUGGUGGCGGGGGGAAAGAGUGCGUGGACGAUGGUGGUCACACCAUGGAUCAGCAGCAGACAUCCCUCAAACACCUCCUGCCUCUUGUCAAGCCUGGUGGAAUUUAUUUUAUAGAGGAUCUGGAGACGUCGUACUACACUAA